AUGGCUGUGAUACUAAGAUACGAGAGGUUGCGCUUAAAUAGGAUAAAUGGUAUUGCUAAGAUUCUUGGAGUAGUUGCUUCUGUUGGAAGAGCUUCAAUCAUUACCCUUUAUAAAGGACCAACAAUUUAUGCUCCAGAAUCACGUUUAGCAGUACAUCAGAGACGAUUCUUGUUUCUAUUUGAGGAAGCUAAUGGGAAAAUUUUGGGCUUGGGUGGAAUUUUUCUCUUUGGUCAUUGUUUAAGUUGGUUUGGUUGGAUUGUGAUGCAAGCAUUUGUUCUGAAAAAUUAUUCAGCACAACUCACUAUUUCUGCUUUUACUUGCUUAUUUGGUAUUGUGCAAUUUGGGACAAUUGCAGCAUUUCUUGAGAAGGAUCCCAAGGCUUGGCAGCUCAAUUCCAUCGACGAGGCCUAUAGUAUUUUGUACUCGGGAGCGGUGAUUUCAGGGGUGGCAGCAGCAAUACAGAUAUGGACUAUCAGCAAAGGAGGGCCAGUGCUUGCUUCAAUCUAUCUGCCUUUACAGACAUCGCUUGUAGCUUUGAUAGCAUCCAUUGCUUUUGGUGAAGAAUUCUUCUUGGGAGGGGUUAUUGGAGCCAUCUUAAUUAUAACUGGUUUAUACCUUGUUGUAUGGGGAAGAAGUCAAGAAACCAAGUCUGAUGAGCCUGAAAAUCAUCCCGAAGAAAAACUUGACAGUUCUUCCCUUAUCCAACCGUUGAUUUCUGUGCACAACUCUUAG